CGAUCCGAUCCGGUCCACGGAUAAAUCCAGGCAGCCAUUGGCUGUCCAUCGACACGACACGAAGCGAAACCCAAUUCUUGUACGAAAAUUCCCAAAUCCACGGGCUCUCGCCACUCGCGUCGCUGCGCCUCGCCCAGUCGCCCCUCGUUCUCCAGCCGCUUCCUCGCAAAACCCUAGCUCCCCACAUGCACCGCGGCAGCGACCGCUCCGGCGGCCCCUCGGGCGGAGACCGCUCUGGCGGGCGGCUCCAGCGCGGCCCCUCCCGCUGGUCCGGCAGCGGCGGGGGAAGUAGCCCGCCCCACCGCUACUCCUCCAGCGGAGGGGGAGACGGCGGUGGCGGUGGCGGGGGUGGGAGGUUCCACCCGUACCGUGGCUUUUCCGACUAUUCUGGCGGCGGAGGCGGAGGCGGAGGCGGGGGUGGAGGGUAUAGAGGCGGUGGCGGUGGAGAUGACUUCGGCGAACCGAGGAACCGCUACAGCGGCGGACGCGGUGGAGGCCGUGGAGAUUUCUCAGAUCAUGAUAGCAAAAGUAAUUAUGUUAAACUUUUUAUUGGGUCUGUUCCGAGGACAGCAACUGAAGAUGAUGUCCGGCCUUUAUUUGAGGACCAUGGAGAUGUUCUUGAAGUUGCUUUAAUCAAGGAUAGGAAGACUGGUGAACAACAAGGCUGUUGUUUUGUUAAAUAUGCUACUUCUGAAGAAGCUGAGAGGGCUAUCAGAGCUCUGCACAACCAGUACACUUUACCUGGAGCAAUGGGCCCUAUUCAAGUUAGAUAUGCUGAUGGUGAAAGAGAACGGCAUGGGUCCAUUGAGCACAAAUUGUUUGUUGCAUCCCUCAAUAAGCAAGCAACUCCAAAGGAAAUUGAAGAGAUUUUUGCCCCAUAUGGUCAUGUGGAAGAUGUUUACAUUAUGAGAGAUGCCAUGAGGCAGAGCCGAGGUUGUGGCUUCGUCAAAUUCUCAUCAAGGGAGCCAGCGAUGGCAGCCAUGAAUGCCCUUAAUGGGACUUACAUAAUGAGGGGGUGUGAGCAACCAUUAGUUAUUAGAUUUGCUGAUCCUAAGAAGCCUAGACCUGGAGAAUCAAGGGGUGGCCCUACAUUUGGAGGUCCUGGUUUCAGUCCUCGAUUGGAUGCAGCACUUGUUAUCAGGCCAACAGCCAAUCUCGAUGAGCCAAGGGGUCGACAUAUGCCUCAUGACUCUUGGCAUCCAUCAAGUCCAAGGUCAAUGGCACCUAAUCAAUAUAAUAAUUUUGGGUCUGACAACCCUUUGGCUCUGAGUGGUGGCACUGUAACAUCAUCAGCAGAUACUGCUGCUUUUCGGCCUCCGAUAUUCCCUGGAAAUGGCUCCUUGUCAAGUCAGACUGAUGUGCCAACUUCAUCACAUAUGGUACCACAGGGUAUGAACCCUCCCAUGGUACAAGGGCAUCAUCUGGGAGGUCAGCAGAUCCUUCCCUUGCAAAAGCCACCUGGUCCACCACAGAAUUUCCCUGUACAAUUGCAGAAUGCUCAGCAAGGACAGCUGCUGCCGGGGCAUAUUCCACAGAUUGGGCAGCUUCAUGUCCCACAAUCCACAGGACCUGUUUCUUUUGGACAAAAUAUGCCAUCUAUGCAAUUACCUGGACAGCCUCCUGUGUCACAGCCAUUGAUGCAACAGAAUGCUUCUUUAGGUGCUUUACAGGUGCCUUCAUCUGUACAGUCCAAUCCCAUGCAAGCUGUUCCUGGCCAACAGCAACUUCCCACCGGUGUUGCUCCUCAGAUGCUCCAGCAGCAGAUGCCAUCACAAGCACCGCAGCUGCUGCUUCAACAGCAGGCAGCUUUGCAGUCCACUUAUCAGUCUUCACAGCAGGCGAUUUUUCAGCUUCAGCAACAGCUACAACUAAUGCAGCAUCAAUCUAACCUAAAUCAGCAACCCACUGCACAGGUUCCUAAGCAGCAGCAGGUUACGUCACCUGCAGUUUCUUUAACCUGCAACUGGACAGAGCAUACCUCACCUGAAGGUUUUAAAUACUACUACAAUAGCAUUACUCAUGAGAGUAAGUGGGAGAAGCCUGAAGAAUAUGUGCUGUAUGAGCAGCAGCAACAACAACAGAAACUGCUUUUGCUUCAACAGCACCAACAAAAGAUUGUUGUACAGCAACUUCAGUCACCACCUCCGGGUCAGUCACUAUAUCAGGGUCGGUCACUUUCAUCCAUGCAACCAACCCAGCAACUUCCCAAGGCACAGCAAGGACAAACACAAAUGCAGAUGAAACAGCAGGACUUGAAUUAUACUCAAUUACAGGCAGCUGGUUCCAUUGAUCCCAGUAGGAUUCCGCAGGGCAUUCAGGCGGCACAAGAACAUGCUUGGAGAAGUUGAGGCGUCAGGUCAUGAUGAUAAAGCGGUAGAGAGACUCGGACUGACCCCAGCUCUUGUGCCUCCCAUCUGUAACGGUUGUUUGCUUUAACGCCUGCGCAGCCAGGCACCCGUCCCAAUCAGUUUAACUCUGGAUUUAGCUUAGAUUGAUAUCUAGAUCGUAGAUCCUGCCUGUGUAAAUCAUCGCAACUUAGGCCAUGUAUGAUGGAGCCCCUGUUGCUGAUUCGGAUGUAUUUUUCCAGCGGGUUGGUAUACCCAAGCAGGAGCUGGCAGAAGUCUUUUUCCACGGUCUUUUCUUUAUGUUUUCCUUUUCCAUUGUGGUUCGAUUUGUGAUGUCACAGCAAUGCUGUGGACAUUACGUUUGACGCCGAUUGCCCCCUGGUUGUGUGUUUGUGUGCUAUUUGUUUUAUCGCAGAGUGCAGCACCGGCUGAUAUGCUCGCAAUCCUUUGUGA